AUGGAAAAAAAACGUGAGAGGAGUAAAAAUUAUUUAGAGGAAGAAAAGGAGAACUUAAUCUCAAUAAUCGAAAAAUAUAAACACAUAAUAGAAAAUAAGAAAACGGACAGUGUUUGGUCGAAACAAAAGAAUGCCACAUGGGAAAAGAUAGCGACGGAGUACAACAGUAUUAGCAAAACUGGGAUUCGGAAUAUAAAACAGUUGAAACUGUUGUACGAGGCACUCCACAAAAGAGUUAAAAAACUCAAAGCUGAUGAUAAGGUUCAGACAUACAUAACAGGAGGUGGUAUGAAGGUACCAGUGAUGACACCUCAAGAUGACAGGAUUGUUGCUAUCAUGGGACCCCAAAUAAUCCCUAUAGAGACUAUGUAUGAUAGCAAUAAUAUGCAUAUGCCUGAGGAUGUUUAUCAAGGUGAUAUGAGCCAUUAUGAAGGUGAUGAUGCUAUGAAUGACAUACCACUUCAAUCACCUCCUGCUAUGGAUAUCCCCAGUACGUCCAGCAGUAUUCUGCCAAGAAUCGUAAUACAAGAUGCAAAAGAUUCAUCACAGGGAGGUGAAUCAGUAACGUUAAAAACACCAAAAAGGAAGAGGAAAUGUGCUGAAUGUGAGGAAAUGGGGGACAAGAAGAAGGAAGUGUUGGAAAGAAAAUUAAAAAUAUUAGAUAUUUUAAGGCGUAAGGAAUUAGUAGAAUUAGAGUUAAGACAAGUAGAAUUAGUAGUGAAAAAAGCAGAAGCAGAAUAA